AUGAUGGUGACUAAGAAAACGGGUAAAGAGGGUUCUAAGAGUCAAAAAACAAUCCACAUCGACAAUUUACAGACACUUCGGUUCUACAGGAACAUCAUUCUUGGGGUUACGAUGGUAUACUUUCUCGUGACUUAUCUCUUUUUCUGGGAUGGCUUUACGGCGCGCUAUAUCGUUCUCUCGUCCUUUUGCCUCAUCGCAAAUCUUUUUGCCUAUCAAUUCAUGUCGUACCUUGCCACACCCCGCUUUGAAGAUGACGAACGCGGAAACAGUCGAUUGUUUGACGCUGGCUUCGACCUGAAUAUUGGGCCUGGUAGUCUCGCUGAGCACGCUAAAGAUCUCAUUCUGACCUGUUCCUUGGUACAAGGCUUAGCUCUCCUUCAUAACGGUUUUUGGCUCCUACUGCUUUUUAUUCCUGGUCGCGUGUGCUACCUCUUCUGGGUGCAUAUCUUAGCUCCUUGGAUAUUUGAUCCCAAUCAAUCCCCGCAAAUUAGCGAGAAGAAGCAGAGAAAACAGGAGCGUCGGUUGAAGCGUAUGCAAAAUGCAGGGCGAUGA